AUGUUAAAAUUUAGAUCAUUAUUCAUAGAAGGUGGUGAAUUUGAUCUAAUUGUUGAUUGUGUUAAAGAUCUAUUAAACAUAGGACUGUCUGAUGCAAUAGUAGAACUUGAGAAAGGUGAUUGUAGAGGCAGAGAUGAUGAAGAUGAUGGAAAUCCGGAAGGAGGUCGGAAUGCAGAAGUUGACUGGAAUGCAGGAGCUGAUCGGAAUGCAGAAGUUGAUUUGUGUAUAGGACUUGAUUGGGAUAUGGGAGAUGUUGAAGAUAAAUAA